AUGCGCACGGGAUUGACAUCAUGGAAGAAGCGGUUGCUGGUGUUUGAUGAGGAUGACCUCGGUCAACCAAGGCUCAUCAUCUAUAAGUACUUUCUUCAUGAUGUCUCAAUAAAUAAAGGGAAAUCAUCUAGUCUUCGCCUUCUCGAGGACAAGCCUGAUCAUAAUGUGUAUACGGGAGUUGGAAAGGGCUAUACACCUCCUAUUCGAGAUGCAUCGUCGACGCCAAAAAAGAUUGGAAAAAUUAAAAAAGAGGGACAGGCCAGAUCAAAAUCAACAGAAAUAGUCUGCUCUGUUUCUGUUAUUAACUGUGCGGGAUCGAAAAAAGCAAGUUCGCCGCCAAAACAAUCACCGAAAGGAACCACACCGCCAACACCAGCUCCUGAUCCAAACAGAUCAAAAGAGGGGGAAGCUGCACAGAAAAAAGAAGAGAAACCUUCGAAGAAGGUGGAUGUUGCACCAUCGCCAUCGGGUGAAGCAAAAGCGAAUGAAAAAGAAGAGAAAAAAGAAUCACGCGCAGAUGAGGACAAAGGAGCGAAACAUGAGGAUUCAUUCGAUAAAAUGCAACCGAAGCAGAUUGAGACAAAACGGAAGGAAGAGAUUGGUGGUAAGAAGGUUGAGAACAAAGGAGAUUACAAAACAUGGAACAAAGUUAUCGAAAAUAGCGAAUUUAAUAAAACCCUUAGUGAAAAAGACGAUAAAAAGAAAAAGAAAGAUAAGGAUUCGAAAGAUACGAAGGAAUCAAAAGAUACGAAAGAUUCAAAGGAAAAUGACAAGGAAUAA